AUGUGUUCAGACAGCCACAACAGUGCCUCACGCGUGACGCUAAUGCCUGCCCUGGCCGUGAAUCCAUCAUCCCCAUCAUCAUCCCCAUCAUCAUCCCCAUCAUCAUCCCCAUCAUCAUCCCCAUCAUCAUCCCCAUCAUCAUCCCCAUCAUCAUCCCCAUCAUCAUCCCCAUCAUCAUCCCCAUCAUCAUCCCCAUCAUCAUCCCCAUCAUCAUCCCCAUCAUCAUCCCCAUCAUCAUCCCCAUCAUCAUCCCCAUCAUCAUCCCCAUCAUCAUCCCCAUCAUCAUCCCCAUCAUCAUCCCCAUCAUCAUCCCCAUCAUCAUCCCCAUCAUCAUCCCCAUCAUCAUCCCCAUCAUCAUCCCCAUCAUCAUCCCCAUCAUCAUCCCCAUCAUCAUCCCCAUCAUCAUCCCCAUCAUCAUCCCCAUCAUCAUCCCCAUCAUCAUCCCCAUCAUCAUCCCCAUCAUCAUCCCCAUCAUCAUCCCCAUCAUCAUCCCCAUCAUCAUCCCCAUCAUCAUCCCCAUCAUCAUCCCCAUCAUCAUCCCCAUCAUCAUCCCCAUCAUCAUCCCCAUCAUCAUCCCCAUCAUCAUCCCCAUCAUCAUCCCCAUCAUCAUCCCCAUCAUCAUCCCCAUCAUCAUCCCCAUCAUCAUCCCCAUCAUCAUCCCCAUCAUCAUCCCCAUCAUCAUCCCCAUCAUCAUCCCCAUCAUCAUCCCCAUCAUCAUCCCCAUCAUCAUCCCCAUCAUCAUCCCCAUCAUCAUCCCCAUCAUCAUCCCCAUCAUCAUCCCCAUCAUCAUCCCCAUCAUCAUCCCCAUCAUCAUCCCCAUCAUCAUCCCCAUCAUCAUCCCCAUCAUCAUCCCCAUCAUCAUCCCCAUCAUCAUCCCCAUCAUCAUCCCCAUCAUCAUCCCCAUCAUCAUCCCCAUCAUCAUCCCCAUCAUCAUCCCCAUCAUCAUCCCCAUCAUCAUCCCCAUCAUCAAUCAUCAUCCCCAUCAUCAUCCCCAUCAUCAUCCCCAUCAUCAUCCCCAUCAUCAUCCCCAUCAUCAUCCCCAUCAUCAUCCCCAUCAUCAUCCCCAUCAUCAUCCCCAUCAUCAUCCCCAUCAUCAUCCCCAUCAUCAUCCCCAUCAUCAUCCCCAUCAUCAUCCCCAUCAUCAUCCCCAUCAUCAUCCCCAUCAUCAUCCCCAUCAUCAUCCCCAUCAUCAUCCCCAUCAUCAUCCCCAUCAUCAUCCCCAUCAUCAUCCCCAUCAUCAUCCCCAUCAUCAUCCCCAUCAUCAUCCCCAUCAUCAUCCCCAUCAUCAUCCCCAUCAUCAUCCCCAUCAUCAUCCCCAUCAUCAUCCCCAUCAUCAUCCCCAUCAUCAUCCCCAUCAUCAUCCCCAUCAUCAUCCCCAUCAUCAUCCCCAUCAUCAUCCCCAUCAUCAUCCCCAUCAUCAUCCCCAUCAUCAUCCCCAUCAUCAUCCCCAUCAUCAUCCCCAUCAUCAUCCCCAUCAUCAUCCCCAUCAUCAUCCCCAUCAUCAUCCCCAUCAUCAUCCCCAUCAUCAUCCCCAUCAUCAUCCCCAUCAUCAUCCCCAUCAUCAUCCCCAUCAUCAUCCCCAUCAUCAUCCCCAUCAUCAUCCCCAUCAUCAUCCCCAUCAUCAUCCCCAUCAUCAUCCCCAUCAUCAUCCCCAUCAUCAUCCCCAUCAUCAUCCCCAUCAUCAUCCCCAUCAUCAUCCCCAUCAUCAUCCCCAUCAUCAUCCCCAUCAUCAUCCCCAUCAUCAUCCCCAUCAUCAUCCCCAUCAUCAUCCCCAUCAUCAUCCCCAUCAUCAUCCCCAUCAUCAUCCCCAUCAUCAUCCCCAUCAUCAUCCCCAUCAUCAUCCCCAUCAUCAUCCCCAUCAUCAUCCCCAUCAUCAUCCCCAUCAUCAUCCCCAUCAUCAUCCCCAUCAUCAUCCCCAUCAUCAUCCCCAUCAUCAUCCCCAUCAUCAUCCCCAUCAUCAUCCCCAUCAUCAUCCCCAUCAUCAUCCCCAUCAUCAUCCCCAUCAUCAUCCCCAUCAUCAUCCCCAUCAUCAUCCCCAUCAUCAUCCCCAUCAUCAUCCCCAUCAUCAUCAUGCAUGCAGUUGUCAACGUGUUAAUGUCCUCUCAUCUAGUCUUAUGA